AAGAGGCGACUUUUAUUUGUUUAAUUGGAGGAUUCAUAGUACCAAACGCGCCAUUGUUGGUUGGCACUGAUCCUAUUUUCUUUCCUAGGAAGGACAAAUUUCAAGACAUGCCGCUGACGCAGAAAGUUCACAAAUUUAAAGAAGAGAAGAUGAUAAAUUGACGAUUUCAUUAUAUAUAGAGAGAGAAAGAGAAAGUUAGGUACGCUUCUCGAGGAGGAGGCUAGGCUGUACUCAAAUUGGGUUUAUUGAAGAUAAAAAAACAUGACUACUCUAGAUGUAGCCAGAGCAGACCUUGCCCUUCUUGUUCUUUAUUUGAAUAAAGCUGAAGCCAGAGACAAAAUUUGCAGGGCAAUUCAAUAUGGUUCGAAGUUUGUGAGUAAUGGACAACCUGGAACAGCCCAAAAUGUUGAUAAAUCAACUAGCUUGGCUCGAAAAGUUUUCCGUCUUUUCAAGUUUGUUAAUGAUCUUCAUGGUCUUAUAAGUCCAGUUGCACCUGGAACUCCUUUGCCCCUUGUUUUGUUGGGAAAGUCGAAAAAUGCACUAUUGUCCACAUUCUUGUUUCUCGACCAAAUCAUCUGGCUUGGUAGGACUGGAAUUUACAAGAACAAAGAACGUACAGAGCUACUUGGCAGGAUAUCUCUUUACUGUUGGCUUGGUGCUUCAACCUGCACUUCUUUGGUCGAGAUUGCAGAGAUCGGGAGGCUGUCUGCAUCAAUGAAGAAAUUGGAAAAAGAACUCAAGGAUAGUGAUAAGUGCAAGAACGAGCAAUACUUCAGUAAACUCCAGAAGUCAAACGAAAGGUCUUUGGCCUUAAUCAAAGCUGGAAUGGAUCUACUGGUUGCGGUUGGAUUACUGCAAUUGGCCCCAAAGAAGAUUACUCCGCGUGUAACUGGAGCCUUUGGAUUUGCUAGCUCUCUCAUUUCCUGUUAUCAGUUGCUUCCGUCUCCGCCCAAGUCCAAGGCAAAUUGAAACGAUACAUCUCAGUGUCAGGUUGUUGAAGAAAUGCUAGUUAUGUUUAAAUAAAUUAAAGAAUUGCAGGGAAUAUCUUCGAUUUCCCCAUCAAACUUGAAGGGGGGCAACUGAAUUCCGCCUUUCUCUUUUAUCUUGUACUAUGGUAAUAAUUCUGGUUUAAUUUGGAGUGUGCUUAGUAUUCGUUAAUUUAAUGUUGUUUUAUGGUGAAAUUUAUUAUUGAAA